GUCGAAAUUUGGCGAGUCUGGAGUCGAAAGCAGAUCAGUUCUAAGUUUCUUUGAUCAAAUAUUACAGUUGAAAGAUGCGUUGUCGGUCGAUUCUUCAUCCGAAUCUGACUGAAAGUUGACAAAACAUUAUAUAAUGUUCCUGACUAGUACUUCCUCCGUUCCAUAAUAUAAGACCAUUUUCCAACCUAUGUUAGCUUAAAAAACGUUUUUAUAUUGUGGAACGGAGGGAGUAGCAAUUUCCUGCACUAAAAGUGAUGUCACGCCAUAAGUGGAAGACGUAGACCUGUAGGUCGCCGAUAUUGACCACCUUGUGUUGUGUGUGGACUUCUGUGUGCAGACUCGACAUCACCAAAAAACUUGUGGCUCUGCGAGUGCAUUUUCAAUCAGUUGAAUCCCAUAACUCUAUCUACCACUCAUUCAAUCAGCUGAAUCCCAUAAUUCUAUCUACCACUCAUUCAAUCAGUUGAAUCUCAUGACUGAUAACUCUAUCCACCACUCUAACCAAAACGGCUGCUCCGUUUACAGUAGAGAGAGAGAGGGGAUGAAGAUGAAAUGGCCUGUCAAGAAGACUGAUAAUAAUACCCGGUUUCAUCAUAUCCACAAAGUCGCUGCAAUUGCCAUGAUCUUGCUCCUGUUUGCCUCUGGAACACCAUUGCCCACCUCCGCGGACGCAAAGGGCCGAUCAGCCUCCGGUUGCGUGGCAGGAGAAAGGGAGGCGCUCCUUUCCUUCAAGGAAAGCCUUCUGGACCCCGUUGGCCGUCUCUCCUCGUGGCGAGGCCGAGACUGCUGCCAGUGGCAGGGUGUCCGGUGCGACACCAGCACCGGACACGUCGCCGGAAUCAACCUCCGCAACACCGCCCAAGAUCCAUGGAGUGCUGACUUGAUGCUAUCGAGUAGUGAGAUGAGUUCCUCCAUCACUGCUUUGCGAUACUUGAGGUACCUUGAUCUGAGCUACAACGACUUCAACCAGACAAGCAUACCGACGUUCAUCGGUGCUCUCGACAACUUACGGUACCUCAACCUCUCAUUUGCAAAUUUUGAAGGGAGGAUACCUCCACACAUCGGUAAUCUCUCCAAGUUGCGGUAUCUGGAUGUUAGUGAUGAUACUGCUAGUCUUUCAGUGUCAAAUCUUUCAUGGUUGCAUCGGCUCUCUGGUUUGAUUCAUCUCGAUGUGAGCCGAGUGUUUGUCAGAUCAGCUAGGAAUUGGAUCAGCCAAGUGAAUAUGCUUCCUAAUCUUAAGGUCCUUCGAUUGUCCGGUUGCGGGCUUAACAGUAGCGUCUCUACUCUGUCCCCUUCCAACCUCACACAUCUGGAGGUGCUUGAUCUGUCAGGCAAUUCGUUUGGCACUCCGCUCCAACACAACUGGUUCUGGGAUCUCACUAGCCUCAGGGAGCUUCAGCUCGCAAUGUGUGACUGGCCAGCAGGCCCUAUUCCUGAUGCUCUGGGCAACAUGUCCUCCCUUGUGGUCAUUGAUUUAAGUGCCAACUAUCAACUAUUCGGGUACAUCCCGGCAAACCUGGAAAAGCUUUGCAAUUUGCAGGUGCUGAAUUUGGACUGGGUGAAUAUCAACGGGGACCUGACAAAACUCAUGGACAGACUACCAAAGUGUUCAUGGAGUGUGUUGCGUGAGGUGCACUUGUUACGAGCGAAUUUGUCCGGGGAACUGCCAGAUUGGAUAGGAAAUCUGACCAGUCUGAGCCAGCUUGACCUCUACCAGAACAUGCUGGUUGGCCCUGUACCUGCCGGGAUUGGAGCACUUGGCAAUCUGACUUACCUGGACUUCGGCUUGAGCAAGCUCAGUGGCAUGCUGUCGACGGAACAUUUUGCAAACCUAGUGAGCUUAGAAUAUCUUGACCUUUCACACAACUCUCUGAAAUUGGAUCUAAACGGCAACUGGGUUCCACCAUUCAGAUUGGAUAUAGGAUACUUCAGAUCAUGUAACUUGGGCCCUCAAUUCCCGACGUGGCUGAGAUGGCAAGCUGGCAUAACCCGGCUUGAUAUUUCCAACGCAAGCAUAAGUGAUGUCUUGCCUGAAUGGUUCUGGACUGUUUCUUCUCAUGCUUCAGGAUUGUACUUGUCAAGGAAUCAACUGACUGGGGCCUUUCCAGCACAGUUGAAUCUAGUAUCAGUUGAAGUAAUGGAUCUUUCAAAAAAUUCCCUGUCAGGUAAGCUCCCAGCAAAUCUCACAGCUCCGAUGCUCAGUCAGUUGCAUCUUUCAAGCAAUCAUAUCGAAGGUACCAUCCCAUCAUAUGUGUGUCAAUUGAAUGAGCUAACAGAACUGGAUCUGUCCAGCAAUCAACUCACAGGAGAUCUUCCGAGAUGCCCAGAAAAUAUUACAUGGAGAUCCGUUGGUCCCGAUGUCACAUAUUGUCUUCAAUUUGGUUGUUCCUUCUCGAUUCUAGACUUGAAGAAUAACAGCUUGUCAGGUAAAUUCCCAGAUUUCCUCCAAAAUGCCUUAGGGUUAAGUUUUCUUGACCUUUCGCGCAAUGUAUUCUCUGGUAGUUUGCCAACAUGGAUAGAUGAGAAAAUGCCAAGCCUAGAAGUGCUGGUUCUACGAUCAAACAUGUUCUCUGGUCACCUUCCUAGGCAGUUUACAAAUCUGCCCAGUCUUCAUUACUUGGAUGUGGCACAUAACAACAUAUCAGGAAGGAUACCUUCCUCUCUUGGGAGACUGAAAGCUAUGACAGGUGAAUCCGAAGGAAGCAAAAAUAACUACAGCGACGACAGCAUAAUGACCAUCACGAAAGACCAGGAGCGUCAAUACACCCUUGAUUUUGCAAACCCCAUUGUGUUGAUUGACCUGUCAUGUAACAGUUUAACUGGACAUAUUCCGGCGGAGCUAUCUUUUCUCAAGGGACUUCAGACGCUGAAUCUCUCCGGCAACCAACUAGAUGGAAGAAUCGUGGAUGGUAUCGGCGCCUUAAGGAAAUUGGAAUCUUUGGACCUAUCUUACAAUCGUUUGGCCGGCGGAAUCCCCCCAGGUUUAUCUGACCUUACGUUUCUGAGCUGGCUAAACUUGUCCUACAAUGGUCUAUCAGGAAGAAUCCCCUCGGGGAGGCAGCUACAGACACUCAAUGAUCCAUAUAUAUACGUCGGCAACCAUGGGCUCUGUGGGCUUCCUCUCCCCAACAAUUGUUCAAAUGGAGCAAACCCAAGUGCCCAUGAAGAACAUGAAGGUGCACCUAAUGAUACAACAUAUUUGUUCCUUGGCAUAAGCAUGGGGUAUGUAGUGGGCCUGUGGACAGUGUUUUGCAUCCUUCUGUUCAGCAGAACUUGGAGGGCUGCGUGGUUCCGGCUUUUCGAUCAGUUGUGUGACAAGAGCUAUGUGCAAGUGGUCGUUGCUAAGGCCGCCAUGGCAAGGAGCUUCAGAGACGAGGCAUUGUGAAGGUUUUCUUGCACUGCACAACCCUUGGAUAUAUAUAUGGUCUUACAACCGGUUUGGAUGGCGGUCCAAUAAUAGGAUAGGUGUCUAGUCAUCUUACCCUAUUUUCGCCGGUUGUGACAACUUUUUUUUAAGCAUUUCGUCGGAUUGUUUGAGACCUUGUUUUGUACCUGAAACUUUAUGCAAUAAAAUGGCUGUGUGCAUCAUGCGAUGCAGAGGCCGGGGGUCUUCCUCCUUUUUGAAAAAAAAGUGUUAUGUUGUGUGUAGUAAUAAUAUGAUACAGAGAGAACAUGUUUAAUGCGUCUGUAUCUUCAAUGUGGCUUAUUUGACGGUCAAUUACUGAAGCAUGCCAUGUCUGCACUCACUAGCAAUGCUCGCUUGCAGAGCAGAGCACUGCUUUGCUGUUAGUAUAAUUGUUAAAGCUCAUGUUCUGUAGCUGGAAGGAGAGUUUCAUGUAACCAAGUCUAAACAUUCGCUAUGUCCUAGGAACUAUGUCUAGUUUUGUGUGUGGUGUUUUUCUGGUACCAAGGAACUGCCUCAACACUCUGGUGGUUUUCAACAGUGGUUCAGUGACAGUGUAUGAAGAAGUAAGCGAAUUUUAAGUAGGGUGUGGUUUCUCUUAGUUUUGCCUGUCUGGAUCUGUUUUCGCGUGUCCGAUUUCUGCGCAAAACAAAUGAAGGAACGAUCAUUCACCAGCCUUUUGCACAUCUGGUGCGAAAUCGUUCCAAGAUGCCAUAACUUCAUUAGCCAUUGACCCUUAUUCUGUCUGAUUAGUUCGGUUGUUUCUUGUCGAUUCUAGACUUAAAGGUCUGGUAAAUUCUGUAAAGUUCGGUUUUCUUGACCUUUCUGGCAACAUACUCUGGUAGUUUGCCAACAUGGCUGGGUGAGAAAAUGCCAAGCUUAGAAGUUUUGAUUGUGCGAUCAAACAUGUUUUGA